AUGUUUUCUCUCGGGGUCUUUCUCAGCUUGCUCAUGGGUUGUAGCUUAUCUGCAGGUGUUACGUUGAAUCUAGCCCCUCUAGACACCGACGUGUCACCACGAACUAAAACCAUAGUUAUCUGUAAUGGGGACAGUGCAGUCUUGAAAUGUGCAUUUGGUGUGCUUCAGAUAACUGCUGCAAACUUUGGACGUACUAAUAGAGGUGCCUGCUUUGGAAGGCGUCCAGUCCUUCCCCAAAACACUAACUGCAACUUCAAUGCGCUGGCUCCUGUUUCACAAAGCUGCAAUGGGCUGCGAAGUUGUGAGCUUUUUGCUACAACUGAUAUCUUCACUGAUCCCUGCCCUGACAUGCGCUCCUAUCUUUCAGUCACCUACUACUGCCUCCCACCUGAAAUCCGUUCAAGUGCGGUCUGUGAAAAUGCUGUUGCUAACUUCAAGUGUGAUGAUGGAUCUCUCCUACACAUACACGCUGCUAACUACGGACGAACCGAUAGCAGUACAUGUGCUGCUGGACGACCUGCUUCUCAAAUUGCCAAAACUAACUGCUAUGCCUCAAAUUCACAGACACUGGUUGCUAAUGCGUGUGAAGGGAAGAACAGCUGUUCCAUUUCAGCCUCCAACGGUGUCUUCUCAGAUCCGUGUUUUGGUACAUACAAGUACCUGUACACUGCAUACUCCUGUGUGCCUCAGUUUUAUUGGAGCUGAUCUUGUGGAUCUGGAUUUUUAGCAUCUUCACAUGGCUACGUUAAGCAUUUAAACAAUCCCAUAUUGUAACAAGCGUUAACAUCUGUUAUUUGGUAUCUUAUGGAAAAUAUUUACCAUGAGAUGGAAUGACUGUAAAAUACUAGUUUGCUAAAUCUAUAUUCAGCCUCUAGUGCAGGUGUCUUGUACUGUCGUCCUUAUGCUUUGGGAGGUUAUAUUCAAUAAACUCUUAAAGGAAA